UCGGAAAGUUUCGGGAAAGGUUCGUUGCACUAUUUAUUGACCAGUUUCUCUCACUCGUUUGUUGCAGCAAACCCUGGCUAACAUGGCGGCCGUUCAGGAAGGGCUGGUGGGUAACGAGGUUGAAUCCAGCGAAUAUCCUUUUCAUCCUGUAGCGGCGAAGGACAACGGUGAAAAUACGGCAGAGGGUGAUAAUGAUGCAAACAUAACUGAAACGAAGGCAAAUGGUUCCAUUGGUGACGAAGAUUCUACAAAUGCCCCAGUACUGGAAGGAGAAGUUGUCAACGAACAAGAAUUGAAGUACUGGAAGGCUGUGAAGGAAAACCCCGCGGAUUUUACAAGUUGGACGUAUCUCUUGCAGUUUGUCGAACAAGAGAACAAACUGUCAUCUGCUAGGCAAGCAUUCGACGCCUUUUUUAAACGUUACCCUUAUUGUUAUGGGUACUGGAAGAAAUAUGCUGACCUGGAAAGGAAAAAUGGAAACAAUGACAGAGCUAGAGAGGUAUUUGAGGGUGCUAUUUCAGCCAUUCCUCUCAGUGUGGAUUUGUGGGUACAUUACCUCAACUUUGUUUCUCAAAGUACCAAAGGUCAGAUUGAUGGCCCAGAGGUCAUGCGCAGUUUAUUUGAAAGAGCAGUGUCAUCGGCUGGAGAAGAGUUCCGUGCAGACAAACUUUGGGAUGCUUACAUUGACUGGGAGAAAAAUCAAGGCCAACUGCAAAGAGUAACAGCUUUAUAUGACAGAGUCUUUUAUGUUCCUACCCAGAAUUACAGCCAGAACUUUGAAAAGUUUAAACAACACAUAAACUCCAACCCUAUUGCUGCGGUAUUGUGCACCGAGGAACUUCUUAAGCUGAGGGCAGAGGUUGCAGCUGCUCCCCCUGGCCUGUCAUCAGCCGAGGUGGAACCUCUUAUAAGUGUAACCUCUUCCUCGGCUAAUCCACCAGGUGUUGAUGGAGAUGCUGAUGCUGAUGAAGUAGCUCCUGGAACUGAAAACCUUACCAUUCCUGGAGCUGAAAGCUCUGUCACUUCCCAGGAUGAUGCUGAAACUAUUGCAAUCAGAGAAAAAGUAAUUGCAGCAAGACAAAAAGUAUUUACUGCAUUAGGAGAAGAAGUGAGAAAGCGCUGGACAUUUGAGGAGGCCAUAAAGAGACCAUAUUUCCAUGUCAAACCACUUGAACGUGUCCAGCUAAAGAACUGGAGAGAAUAUCUGGAUUUUGAAAUUGGCAAUGGUGAUCAUAGAAGGGUUGUGAUUCUCUUUGAACGUUGUGUAAUUGCAUGUGCAUUGUAUGAGGACUUUUGGCAAAGAUUUGCUAGUUACAUGGAAGCACAUGAUGUGGAAGCAUGCCGCCAUGUAUACGAGAGAGCAUGCACAAUACACCUUCCAAGGAAACCUUCCAUUCAUUUAGCAUGGGCUGCUUUUGAAGAACAGCAAGGAAAUGCUGCCAAGGCAUCAGAGAUUUUGGCUGAGUUAGACAAGGGUGUUCCUGGUAUAAUAAUAGUGAAGCUAAAGAGAGUAAACCUGGAAAGACGGAGGGACAACUUUGAAGUUACUUGUACUCUCUAUGAAGAGACCAUGAAUGAGACUAGUGACCAGGAGUUAGCAACAUUUUUUGCUAUUAGAUACUCCCGAUUUUUAGCAAAGGUCAUGGGUAAUGUGGAGAAAGCAAGAGAGGUCUUGAAGGUUGCCCUUGAAAAAGAUAAGGAUAACAAGAGGUUGUAUCUUCAGCUUUUGGAUGUAGAGCUUUCUUCAUUUCCAUUGAAAGAAGAAAAGGUUCUAGAAGUCUUUGAUUUGGUGAGAGACAGUGAGCUGAACACAGAAGUCAAACAAGGUUUCUCUCAAAGACAAGUUGAAUUUCUUGAAGAUUUCAGUGCUGACAUUACCAAAAUAAUGGCUGCUCAGGAAAAUCAUGCUAGACUUUAUAAAGGAAAAUCUUCCUUGAUCCCAUUGACUGGCAGUAAAAGGUCACAAGAGGGAGAUGGUAGUUCAGACAUCAAAUCCAAAGUAUCAAAAACAGAAGAUGGAAUAGUGGAAAAUAGUCAACAUGCUACCAGCACUGCACUGACAGGAGCAGAAACAUACGAUGCGUCAUAUCCAUCAGCAGCAGCCUACUCUGCUGCGGCAUCUGCUUAUAACUAUUCCACACCCUUACAGAGCCAGUGGGCAGCCUACUCAGCUGCACAGCCGAAUGCAUACAGCUAUAGUCAGUGGUAUCAGCAGUAUGGGGCUGCAUAUGGACAUCCUCACCAAACUGCCACACAGUAGUGUUUUUAUUUUGUUUUAUACACAGACCUAAGUCAAAAAUGAUGCAUGUACAUAGUUAGACAGACAUAGUGCUCUGCGUAGUCUCACAUGAGGACUUUUACUUCUUGAUAAAUAAUAUAAAGUGCAUGUCAGAUGAACAAUUUAAAAGUACUGUUUGUCAUAAAGCAGCUUAUUGUGUAGGGCUCCUUGACGACCAUCUGCAGCUGUUGUCAAAUUAAGCCAUGUGAACUUGUGAAAUGUUGAAAAUUUAGUGCUGGUAGUUUUUCCUUAGUUAUGUGUUCCAGUGCCGUUUCAAUU